GUGAAAUUCCUGCCUCCUGGCAUCAAGCCCGGCGAUCAUUUCGGCGAGAAGAGUGAGCCGAACAAGGCUAACACAGGCUUCUACUACGUCGCAGGCAGGCAGAAGCCGCGGCUUGUGACGAAGAUUUUCAACAUCAGCGUGGACUGGUGCGAUCGGCGACCGCACCUAGAUGACCAGGAAAACUUCUGGGACUCUCUGGUGGUAAGCCGGCAGAGGAAGAAGCGCAAUCCGGAGUACGUGGGCUGCUUCCAGCACUGUGAGAGCACAGCCUGCGCGUCCGAGCCGCCCGAGCAGACCUUCACGUAUUGCCUCAUGAACCCUUUCGAGAACGUCUUGGGCUGUGUCAACCCCGAGAUCGCCCUGAAAGAGCCGUUCCAGAUGAUAACGUACCACGCCACCCACGUCUUCGGGAAGACUGCGAAGCAGCACAAGCUGAAACGAGCGCAGCUCUGGGAUCCGUGCUGA